CGCAGGGUGAAGUAGGAGUUGGUUUUUCUUCCUUGCAUCUAUAAAUCCCUUAGUCCUCGUCUCCUUUCUUCCCACUGAAAUAGCAGCAGAUGCUUGGCUGAGCUGCAGCAUGCUGGCAGCCCCGGCAGACGGGGAAACUCCGCUUUUCAUCGCCAGCAGAGCUGAGCCCAGCAAUGUCCUGCUGCCGGUUCUUCCCUGCAGAGAAAGCUGUUUGCUGCCUGCAGGCUUUGGAGCUCACUUUCUUCUGAAGGAAAGAGCAGCCUGACAUAAAAGUCACUAUAAAUGCAGAUUGUUUGAUGCCUGCACUUGUAAAAGUGACUAAAGUCCUGCUUGACUGCACCCCAAUGCACAGCAGCAGCUUGGAAGGACUUGUUUUCCCUUUUCUUCUUUUUUUUUCCUCUCUAUAACCUGUGCUGUCUCAGGUCCACAGUCACUGGUGAGCUCAGCUGCUUUGCUGACAAUGAACAGCACACGCUUUGCAUUCUCCUUUCAGCCCCUGCUGCUUAACGCCACCGAAGACUUCAACGACUCCGUCCCGACCAACCGCAGCGGCGACGGAUUUUGCGAGCAGGUCUUCAUCAAAGCCGAGGUCUUCUUGACUCUGGGGAUCAUCAGCCUGCUGGAGAACAUCCUUGUCAUCCUGGCAGUGUUGAAGAACGGGAACCUGCACUCUCCCAUGUAUUUCUUCCUCUGCAGCCUGGCUGUGGCAGAUAUGUUGGUGAGCAUGUCGAACGCCCUGGAGACCGUCAUGAUCGCGAUCCUCAGCAACGGCUACCUGAUCAUUGCCGACCACUUCAUCCAGCACAUGGACAAUGUUUUUGACUCAAUGAUCUGUAUUUCUCUGGUAGCCUCCAUUUGCAACCUCUUGGUCAUAGCCAUCGACAGGUACAUCACUAUUUUCUAUGCCCUCCGUUACCACAGCAUCAUGACGGUGAAGAAAGCCCUGACCCUCAUUGUGCUCAUUUGGGUGGCUUGCAUCAUCUGUGGCAUCAUUUUCAUUGCCUACUCGGAGAGCAAAACUGUCAUUGUGUGUCUCAUCACCAUGUUCUUCACCAUGCUGCUGCUGAUGGCCUCGCUGUACGUGCACAUGUUCCUGUUCGCCCGCCUGCACGUCAAGCGCAUCGCGGCGCUGCCCGUCGAGGGCGUGCCCCCCCAGCGCACCUGCAUGAAGGGGGCCGUCACCAUCACCAUCCUCCUGGGGGUCUUCAUCGUCUGCUGGGCGCCUUUCUUCCUCCACCUCAUCCUCAUCAUCUCCUGCCCCACGAACCCCUACUGCAUCUGCUACACCGCGCACUUCAACGCCUACCUGGUGCUGAUCAUGUGCAACUCGGUCAUUGACCCGCUCAUUUACGCCUUCAGGAGCCUGGAGAUGAGGAAGACUUUCAAAGAAAUCGUGUGUUGCUGCUAUGGCAUGAGUGUGGGACAGUGCAUGCUGUAAGCACCUGGUUUUGGGUGGAAAAAACACGCCAUAUGUGUAUAAAUAUAAAUAUAUUUAUGUAUACAUUGAGAUACAUUUAAACGCAGUGCCUGAAGGAAGGGUGCAGGACAGACAAAAGCCUCCUACAUGAUGCCUUGUUUCCUACUUUUUAGAGUGAAAACCAGUUUCAACUGAACUAUUUGAAGUUUUUUAAAUAGUUAUAAUGGAAGGAAAUCCAGAGUGGCUUACAAAACAGCUUCAAAAACUUGCUGGGGAGAAUGAAUCCUGAAAGGGAAUGCCACCUUCUAGAGACUGAGAUAAAAUUCCCUCUAGCAUUCGUUUGUGCCUGUUGCUUUAUCUCCGUGCCACUGCCAACAAGUCAGUGUUUUCUAAAAGAUUUCAUUAGUAACCUCUGUGGAAAGCUGUUUUUCCAAACACCAACAGGUAACAGCAUUGUUCUACACCCACCUUUUAAUGAAAGAAUAGAUUGACAGUUUUGCUGCUUGCCAUAAAGCAGCCCGAGGACAAUUUUCAAAGGGUGAAAGCAAACAUUUCUCUUGCUCUGAAAUCAGUUAUCACCACAGUGUCAGUGACAGUGUGGCUGCAACAGCUGCCUGAUAGAAUUGACCCAUGUGAAGGCUUUUGCAUUAUUUAUUGUGAUAUAAGAGUAUUAUAACCUUGAAUUUUUAAUUAUUUUUUUAAAGCUGGAAUGCCCUGAUCAAUGUAGUAAUUGCUAUGUUUGUAAAAAAUCACAGAAGCCUCCUUUUGAUAAAUCCUCACUAAUGAGAUCCAUGGAUCUGAACAUCAGAAAAGAGCUAAAAUGCAAAACACUUUGAAUGCAGCUUUGUGUAAAAGCUGCAGGGAGUCCUUAGAAAUAUCCACCUCUAAGUUCAGCAGCUGGAAGAAAUCAGAUGUGUGUGGCAGAGAGGAAUUUAUCCAUUGAGAAAUAAAUCUCUUGGGGCAGGACAAUAAGAAAUGUCCUUCCUUCAGCUCUGCCAUCCUCUCCCAACCCCCUGGGUGCCAGUGGCAUGCAAAGCAAGCACCUGCAGCUGCACUGGUUCAGUCUUUGCCUCUGCUUUCUGCAGGAACAAACCCUGCAGGUGGCCCUCAGCCAGUAAUUAUUAUGAAAACUCUCUCUUUUAUUUCCCCACCUUCUUAUUUUGGGUGCAGUUACUGGGUUGAUAUUACUAAUUUUUUUUUUUUCCUGGGACUCCCCUCUGCCAGGUGAGGAUCUGUUCACGCCCCAGAACUUCCCCAGCUCCUGUGUCCCCAGUUCUGCCCCACGCUGGUGCUGGUGUUUCAGUGCCAGUGGCUCCAGACCCAGCCCUGCUCCUGUGGGGAGUCACAUUUCACACCCUGCACCUCCUGGCCCGUGUUUGAUCCUCAGCAUCCCACAGGGAACAGCCCCAUUUCUGUUUUACAGGCUGGAUAAUCCUCCUGGGGCCAGGAACCACUGCUCUCCAUGCUCCAGCCACACUCUGUCCCACCAAAAACCAACCUCACUCUCCCUGUUUCUCUUAUUUCCCUAUUUCUCCUCUGAUCACACUCAAAAUUCCCUAAUUGAGUUCACACUUCCUAUCAUAAUUCCUCCAGACUUCCCCCUUUCCAACACUCCCUCUGUUCCAACACUCAUUUUAGAAUGAAGGGUUCUAAAUUUAAAAAAAAAAAAAAAAAAAUCAAAACCUCACUGGAGCAGAACAGGCACAAAUGAAAAUUCCCCCCGUUUCAAGAAGAGACCAAAGAAAAUCCUAGUGACUGGCAAAGCCCAAUGCUUUCAGCUUUGUGUGUGUGCCACAAAGCAGCUCAGCAGCACCGAGCUGUGCCCUGCCAGCCCAGCCUGUCACACCUUGCAGCACAUGGAGAUGAAACCACCAUGGGGAGUCACAAAACUUUCGUGGUGUGCAAAGACUGUGCCUACCUGUUGUAAAAAAUCUGUUUUUUCUCAGUGUUCUGCAUCCCCACACUCUGGAGCAUGGUUUGCCAUGAUAUUCUGCCUCAGGUUAUUGUGUAUUUGUUGCUCCUGAUAUCCUACUUAUUUCUCUGCUGUCCUACUUCUUUCUCUUUUAAAAGCAAUUUUAGCAGGACUGAUUCAAACAGUGCUUUGCCUUUAAGCAAAACAUACUCUGCUGAAUAAAAUCUGGAGAGAUC